AGGUCCUCCUGAGAACAGGGCAUGGGUACUGGGCUGGGAGGGGCCAGCAGCACGGAGAGCUGGUUUGUUUCUGUCUUUGUUUUUGCCUGCAGAAUGCUCAGUCACCUACCUCCCCUUCUCCCUCCCAUCCUUCUUUCCUUCCUGCAGCGUACAUCUGUUGAGACCUGCUGUGUGUCCGACAUCAGAGCUCAGGUGUUGGCCACAGACAAGUCUGUGGGAGCUGAGAUCGAUUUCAAAUAUGCCCACCUCGGGACCUUGCUGGGUGUCGCCAUCUCUAUGGGCUUCCCAGUACUGAAGAUCUGCAUGAUCUGGAAGCACCUGUCUGAUCAGGACUCUGCAGGCCAGAGGAACACAGUCCCUGGCUUCACUGAAGCAAAGAGAGAACAGCUUCUUGCAGCAUGGCAGCUCGGCAGCUGAAGCUCCCAGACAACGGGAAAUGAGAGACGGUUGUGGUGGGGGUCUAGGGACUGCGCGGACCUGGACAGAGAAGGCCCAACAGGGACAGCAGCGGAGACCAGCUCAGGAUUCUCACUGGGGCACUGAGUGCCGCUCCUCUUAACACCCUGCUUCCUGUCUUUAGACCUCUGUGAGUAGAGGAAGAGGGGCUUGUUGUUGAGAGAUGCCCAGGUGAUUGAGUUGUGACAAAUGGCAGUGGCAGAAGAGGUCCACCAUCUGGACACUUGGCCACAUUCCCAUCUAAGGAUAUUUUGACUAGAAUGCCCAAGGCUGAUGAUGGCACCUCACAGGGACUUCAUGUGGGAGGCAAAUGACAGAGCUGAAGGACUUGAAUCUUUAAUACUGCUAACCUGCCGGAACUCCACUUCCUCAGGAAGCUAGUUGUACACAGGGAGAACAUUAGCCAGCUGUAGGCAAAGCUAGGAACCAGUGAAACCAAAAGUACUUGGCCUGGUGCUCAUGAUGGAGUUGUCCCUACAUCUGUCCCUACAAUGGCUCACAGGAGUGGGACCCAGUAGAGGCAUGGCUUCCUCAGUACCCCACCUUAGUAGCAUCAUGAAGCUCUCUCUGCAGUCACUGGCCUUCCUUCCUUAGCUGCCAGAAUCCCACAUUGCAGAGGGAGCCUGUGCACAAUGAGUGGGGUGUGGAACCUGUGAACCAGUCCCCAGAAUUGUCACCAGGCCACAGCUGCUAAGAGGAAAGGGCAGCCUGACCAGAGUGAGCACAGCAGCCCUUGACUGCUGCCCUUGGCUACCACUGGCCUGGCCUGCAGCUCUGCAGCUCUUCAGAUGAAAGAGCCAACAAAACAUCAAGUAAGAAAGCAGAUGCUACGCCUGUGCAGAGCUCUACAAGGCAAGCUCAUGCCAUGGUGCUGUGCACGUGUUACAUGGAAGCCAUGAUUGGCAGGGGCCCAGGAGACCUGCAUCAUCUAUUCUUGUCCUUGGUCUGAGGCUCCUCUCGCCUGUCUUACAAAUCUCUCAGUUCUAGGGCUACACUAUGGAAGCCUCUUCUGCUCUGCAGAAAUCUGGGUGGCUGUGGGGGCUGGUUCUCCUCGGAUGGGUGCCCCCCCGUUGUGUGUGACAACAGAUGAGCUAUAUUACAAAACAAAGUGCUGUGUUAUAAUCAUCUGCCUGGAUUCCCAGGGCAUCUUUUACCUGACUUGAUAACAAUGUUCUUCAUUAGCAGCCUUUGUUAACUGAUAACCUGAAGCAGUAAAGCAGUAUUCAUAAGCAAUUUUCUGUGUGUAAGAUAGAAUAAACCGUCUUGUAAGGGAUCUGUUAAUUGAUUCACUUCUUUUAGCAGCAUUUUAAUUAAGGCAUCUGGAUUUGAAUGGCAGAAAUACUUGUAAGCAGAAGGGAAAGUUUCUGGAUUUUCAGCCCACAGAAAUGUCCUGUGCACUGACCAGAGAAACACAGUCACGUGUUGCUUGGUGAUAGGGAUGUGUCCAGGAAGUGCGCAAUUGGGGAUUUUCAUUGCUGUGUAGAUGUUGUAGCUGCCUUCACAGGGAUUGCAACGGUUGUGACAUUGCUAGGUGAUGCCCUGCACGUGGCCCAUCACUGAUGGAAGUAGCGCUAUUCUGAGCAUUCUGUAGGCUGAAGACCAGGGUCCACCUUCAGGCAGUAGGGACAGACCUCAUCCAGGAGGCAGUGUGGUCUGGGACCCCUGGCAAUGAUAUCUCUUAGGUCUGCAUCCCAUACUCAUACUGGCUUCCUUUUGUAAGUCCUCUUGGGAACUUUCAGGAGCCUCCUUGACAGCCUCUCUCCUCUCCCCAGGGGAAACAGUUCUUGGAAGAGUUCCUGAGCGGCCACAACUGUCAUAGUGUCUGUGGGUGAAGUGCCUCAAGCCAGGGCUGUUCCUACCUGAGAGCCUCCCUUGCCACUGAGGAGCAUGCAGGCAGAGGCCAGGGCAGUGACAAACUUGGCCCUGUUGUCUGUCGGGCCUGGGGCACCCAAAGAAUGUGCACAGCCCACUCUGUCCCCAUCAGCCCACCCAAGUGGAGAGCAUCAUGCACAAAGGGAAGGGACAGGUGACUCCAGGGCCAGUGGGGAGGACAGCUGACCUAGAAGACAACAGCUGCAGGUGGCAGCAACAGCCAGGAUCUAUGGGCAGCUGAGGUUUUGGGCAGCUGAGGUUCAGGGCCCCAGGACUGGCACUGGAAGGAGACAGGAGAUGGUUAUCUAACAAGGUUAAUGAAUUCAAAAUCACACUUAGAGGUAGUGAUCAUAGACCUAUAAAUUAAAGAAGCUUGCGCUGACACCCUAAAUUAAAAUCAACACUUAAAAUCUAAACACCCCUGGGUGUGUGCUCUCUCCUCUAUGUAUGUUGAAGGCCAUACAUCAUGGAGUGACAAAACACCUGGAGGUCUGGCAGCUAGCACAGACACCCUUUCAUGAUCAAGGUUGGACGCAGUCAAGACACAGACAAGUUAGGCUGGGGGAGGUGGAAAUAUCAGGGUGACUCGACUCUGGUUUCCUAAUGAGUCCAGAUAGCACCCUGGUCCUUGUCCAUGUGAGAGAUGAAUAUGGUGGAGGUCGGGGCUGACAACAAACGUGACACUGUGGCUGGGUUUCGGGGAAGCCAGCAGUGGAGGCCAAGAUGGUCUGGGGAACAGUACUGGUGAGGAAGAGGAGGGAGGGGAAGGCUCAGCCAGCUCCAGGGCAUGGAGGACCAGGUGGUGUCCAUCUGGGGAGGGUCCCACAAUUGAUAUCUGGGGUUGAGAGCACACCAUCUGUGAAAGCCACCAGAAGGGGAGCAAGCUGGGAGAGUCCUGGAGUGGAGUGGGUAGACCGGAUCACUGUGCCAGAGGGGCUGAGCCAGUGGAGAGGGAGGUGGCCUUGGACAGAUGACCUAUCCUGGAGCCCAUCCCUCCAGAUACCUCAGGACAGCUGGAGUUCCCAUCACUAUCACAACCACCAUGAUGCCCAGUGUCUCCUUCAAGGGUAGAAUAGUCCAAAGUGGACAAUGACCCCAGAGGAUGGCUGCCAUCUUCCCACUGUAUACAAUGCCCUUUGCAUGGUGGCUCACACUUGGCAAUGUGUUACAAAUGCCCUCUGCCCUACUGUAUGGUACCAAGCAAUGUGGGAAAAGGAGAGAAGACAGAGCCAUGGCUCUGAGGGAAAGAAGGCUGUUGGCAAGCAGGUGAGCAGGCAGCGUUCUAAGGUGAGAGCAGGUUGCUGCCAGAGCAUGGCAGGAGGAGAUGCUGAACACAGCAUUGUGGAAGGGGCAUCUUGGCUCCUGGGGUCAACACCCAGGAAUGUCAAAGACCACAGCAAAGCAAAGGGAGGGCAAGGACAUCAUGGCGCCCAGGGCUAAGGCUACACGGAAGCAGGGUGAAGAAAUCGAGGGUCAGAUAAGGUCCUGACAUGUUGGGACAUUUGGCUGUCUGGUGUUCUGUGGAGUCUAUUUUGUCUUCCACAGCGUCAGUUGCAGAAAGGCAGUGAGGGACUGCAGGAAACAGAAAGAUGGAGAAGUUUCUAAGAGUUCUUAGGGGAAUGUUCUAGAAGAAGGAAACCCAGAAGCUUUGCAGAGCAGCAGAAGGAUCCCGUGAGAUAAGCACAAGGGCGACAAACCCAGGAAAAUCCAAGUACAAUGUGACAUGCCAAGAGCAAGAGAAUCAAGUUGCCUGUAAAACUAUGAGGCUGCUAGGGAAGAUAGACUUUUUAUUGACAGAACUGAAUGAAAAAAGAUAAAACAACAAAGUUUUCAAAUUUUUCCAAGGGAAUAAGUAGGCUCCAUAGCAUCCCAUACCAAACUAUUACUCAAUGAGAAGGCAAAAACCAAAAAUGAAAACUUUCUAAGUGCAAAAACUCAGAAACUACUGUUCAAGUAACACACCUGAAAGAAAGAGGAGUUGGACUUUAGCAGAAUGGAAAGUGAAUUUUAGAGGAAUAUGUUAGAUCAAGGAAGAGGCAGUAAGUGAGUGAAAUUUAUGUUUCAGUGAGCCAUGGUUAUCUUGGAAAUGGUAAUAUUAAUUCUAUGCAUUAAAACCCCACAUGGGAGAUUGUAGGGGAGGAGGCAGGAGAGAAGUAAAGCAUUCUAUUAGGGACAUAAUCCAGACUAAUACAGGCAUGGCGUGGAGUACUGGUUAAUUCUUUACAUUGAUAUAUGAAUAUAGUAUUGAAUACAUACAGUAUGAGUUCAGAAGAAGUCUUGGAAUUUAGAACAAAAGGCACAGGAAUCUUCUAAGUAGUUAUGGUCCAAACUGUGGAGCAGGGGGAGGAAGAAGGGAAAGAAGAGGAAUAAACAAGAAAAUGUCAUAAAU